AUGUCAUCCUCCUACUCUACCAAGCAAUGGGUCCUGGCCAACAAGCCCACAGGGGAGCCUGUCCUCUCUGGCCCUGACGCUACCUGGAAGCUGCAGACCGUCACUCUUCCCGAGCUUCAGGAUGGUCAGAUCCUCGUCAAGAUCCAGUACUUUUCCAACGAUACUGGUCUGAGGAACUUUAUGCAUAGCACUGUCGCCCCUGAGCGCUUCUAUGUUCCUACCGUCCCCGUAGGCUCGCCUAUGCGAUCCGGCAUCAUCGCCGAGGUCGUCGAGUCCCGAUCCGACAAGUUCAAGGUCGGCGAUCUCUGCAUGGAUUUCCACCUCGGAAUCUGGAGCGAGUAUGCUAUCCUUGAGGCUGAGAACUCCCAGCCUCUUGCUCCCCUCCCCAAUGGUCUCUCCACCACCCACUUCCUCGGCGCCUUUGGCGCUUCUGGUCUUGCCGCCUACACUGGUCUUUACUACGCCGGUGAGGCCAAGCCUGAGCACACCAUUGUUAUCUCUGCCGCCGCUGGUGCCACUGGCUCCAUGGCUGUUCAGAUCGCUUCCAAGAUCCUCAAGGCCAAGCGAGUCAUUGGUAUUGCCGGUUCUGAUGAGAAGUGUGAGUGGGUUAAGAGCAUCGGUGCCCACGAGUGCAUCAACUACAAGAGCCCUACCUUCCUUGAGGACCUCAAGGCCGUUACCCCCGACGAGGUCGAUGUUUACUUUGACAACGUCGGUGGCUUCGUCCUCGACGCUAUGCUGACCCGCGUUAAGCGCCACGGCCACAUCGCCGUCUGCGGCUCCGUUAGCGUCUAUAACUCUGAUGAGCCCAUGGCUCUUAAGAACUGGUUUGAGCUUAUCUCUUCGCGUAUCAACAUCCGCGGCUUUAUCAUGCUCGACUACAUGGACAAGGUCCCCGCUAUUCUCGGUGAGCUCAUCGGCGCUACUGCUGAUGGCCGUAUCAAGCUUGAGAAUGCUGAGACUGUUAUUGAGGCUCGCAUUGAGCAGCAGCCCGAGACUUGGAUGAAGCUCUUCUCUGGUGUCAACCAGGGUAAGCUCCUUACCAAGCUCAUCAUCUAA